CGGCUUUUGACUCUUUCCACGCUUGUUCUAUGCUAUCCGUUAUCACCGAUUACGCCUUUACGCAUUAAGGAAUGGACCACACUCCAAAUAAUCCGCAGUUCAAAAAUUUCACAUUGACGUUAUUUAUUUUUCUAAAAGAUUUUGUUUGAUCUUGCGAGACAAUAUCAUAUAUUAAUGAUGUUAGGAAUGUUUAACAAGAUGUCAGCGAUUAUUUUUGAUCAAUGAUCAAAGUUUAAUCUUGUAGUGAAAUUGAAAGGAGAACGAUGCAAUGAAUGUAUUUGCAUGCCAACUGAAGAGAAAAGUUUAGCGCUAUCCGUUUGUAUUAUGUCAUUGUCGUUGACUGAAAUUAUACGCCAGAAUCAUAUUUUGUAUAUGAUUGUCUGCUUCUUUCAUAGACACUUUUUUCAUAGACGAGGAAAAGUGCACCGAUGUUAAAAGAAAUUCGUUCUGUUUUACUUACUAAUUUGCGUAAUUUAAUUUUUUUCUUACUCAAUGAAUAAAUACUACAUUUUCCAACGUGCUUUUUAUUUGUUACACGAUAAUAUAUAUAUUGUUUACGUUAUACACUUUGCUUUACAAUUCGUUAGCCAAUGAAUUCCGUUCAGCCGCAACCUUUCGCGUAGGUUUGAUGUGAAAUUUACGAAUAAAUCCAUAUUGGCGAAAUCUUUGAAUAACGAAAUAACGAUUAUUUUUCAGUUCAACUGUCUUUCCAGGCAAGGAUGUUAUUAUCGUUUACGUGAUAAUACGGUCAUGUUGUUAACGAUCGUCCUGAACAUUUUCUAUAUCGUUUCUUUCCGUUUCAGGUUGGCUGCUCUGUCCAACAGAUAGGAACACGAUCGAAGUACAACAGGCGAUAUCGGUAACGUCCAAUCCAAAGAAUCGAGGCCUCUUUCAACCAGUUCAAACGACGCGCGGACAGUACAAAUGCCCGAAUUGCAAUCGUUUCUACAUGAGAAUGUAUUGCUUGAAGCGACAUUUACGAGUUGAAUGCAGUCAGACUCCAAAAUAUCAGUGCCAUAUGUGCCGUAUGUGCCAGAAUUGGUUCAAGUACAAGCACAAUUUGACGGCACAUAUGAAGAUUCACGUUGAACAACCGAGACAUUAUUGCAACCUGUGUCCGAAAAGAUUUUACAGACGAGACAAGUUGGUGAAACGUCAGAAAAGGUGGCCCGGUUCGAUGGAAACUCGCAAUCGAAGUGACGCCGUACCAGUGCCCGAAAUGCUUCAAAUAUUUUAAAUCCUCGAAAUCUUGCUCCAACCAUCGAAACACAUGCGGCACAGACAAGAAAUUUCGUUGCGCUUUCUGCGAUUAUCGAUCUCAUCAAAAGAAUAACGUCCUUCGUCAUCUUGGAACGCAGCAUCCGGAAGCAAGUCAAAA